AUGGAGGAGAGUGAUAUGAGAAUAUGUUAAAAACAUAAAAUGGAGAUAAUUAUAGUGGAUCUUGAAAGUAGGAUUGCUUAGGAAGAUAGAUGUUUAUGUGUAAGAUGUAUAAUUGAAAGAAUGGAUAAGAAGAGAAUGAGUUUGAUUGAUGAAACAACGGAUAUGAUUAAAGAAAUGAAAAUGAAUGAAUAAAAUUAAAAGAUUAAGGAUAAUAAGAAGAGAUUAGAUAAUUUGAAUGGAAUUGAAUAAUUAUUAAGAGAACUUAAAUAAAAUAUGGAUUCUCUAUUUGAUAAGAUAUUUAUUAAUAUUCAAUUGAAAUUGAGUUAGAUAUCAAAAGAUAUAAGUAAUGUUGAAUCAUAAUCUAUUAUAUUUAAUUUUUAGGAUGAUAUUGAAAGAUUAUCUUAAUAUUAAGAAUAUUAAAUUAAUGAAUAAUCAAUUAAAUUAAUUGAAGAUGAUCAUAAAUUUAUAGAGCAAAUACAAAAAUAAUUAGAAUCUUUUAUAAAUUCUGAAUAAUAUAAUAAAUUAAUGAAUAAUUCAAAUAUUGUUAAGAAAUCUGAAUUAGAAUAGGAUUUAAUAAAUAAUGAAUAGAAAUAUGAAAUCAUAAAAGUAUAAGAUUAUGUAUAUUAUUAUGUAUUUAUAAUAAAUUAGAAAACACCUGCAUUGAAAAUGAUUUGCUAAGAACAUACUAAAGAAAUUAUAAUGUUUAAUUUGAAUGCAAAUUGUAAUUCAUAACCAAGAAUGGCUUGUGUUAAAUGUGUUUAAUAAUAUCCUGCAUAAUAUACUCCUUUAGAAGAUGUCAAUAUUUAAUGGGAAUCAUAUUAAAAGAGAAAUUAAACUAAUUUGAAUGAAUUAUAAAAUACAAGGAAUUCUAUUUAAUAGAAAAUACUUAAAAUGAUUUAAGAGAUUAAAUUAUAAAAUGAUCAAAUAUUUGAUGAAUUAAUAUAAUCUUUAAUUAAUUAAGAAUAAUCAAUAGAAUAGAUGAAUUAGAAUGAAAUUAAUAAUAAAUCAAUUAAUUAAUUAACAUCUAAUUAAAUAAAUGAAAUAAUAAAUUAAUUAAGUUAAAUUGAUAAAUUCAAAACAUAAAAAGAUCAUAAAAUGAAUAUUGAAAAGAUUGAUUAAAUAUUCUAUUCAGAUUUAAAAUCUAGAUUUGAACAUUUAAUUUAAUAUUAAUAAAUAAAUGUUUAAAGAUUCAAUUAAAUUCUUAUUAAUGAUAAUAAAGUAAUUAAUGAAAUUGAUAAUUUAAUAUAAUCAACAUAAGAUGAUUCAUAAGAAUCUAUCGAAAUAAAUUAAAUACUAGAAUAAAUUAGAUAAUUUAUGUAUAAAUCUGUUAAUUUUGAAUUUUCAUAAACACUAUUUAUUCAAACUAUUAAUUAAUAUAUAAAGAUUAAGGAAAAUAUCUAGAAUUUAUAAUAGAUUUUAAGUAAUAAAAUAGAAAAGUCUUAAGAAUUACAAUGCAUAUUCAAUGAAUUCAAUAAUUAUUCAGAUAAAUUCAAUGAAGAUUACAUUUAAUUUUAAUAAUAUAUAGAAAUCAAUUAAAAAGUGAAUGAAAUUACAUAAUUAAAAGAAUAAAUUGAUUCUAUUCUAAAAGAAAAAUCAUAAUAAACAACUUAAUUUGAAAAUGAUUUGAUAAAAAUGAAAUAAUAAAUAGAAUCUAUUAAUAAACAAAAUUUAGAAUCAAAGAAUUCCUUUGAGAAAUAAAUUAAAACAAAAGAAGAAGAUAACAAAUAAUUAAAAGAAUUAAUAGAAUAAAUUAAAAAAUAAAAUCUAAAUUUAGAAUAGAAUUUAAAUAACUUUGCUGUAAUAUUUCAUUAAUAUUAUUAAUAUAGCCAUCAUAAUAUCAGAAGUAAUUAAAUUUUUCCUAAACACAUAAACAUCCAAGUUGUGAAGUAACAUAAAAUGGAAAGAUGGUUUAAAAUGGUGCUUAUUGUCUAUGUGAUUAAGUCAUUCCUAAAAAUGGAGUCACAUCAUUUGCAUUUAAAAUCAUUUAAUUAAAUUAAUCUUGUUUCAUUGGUAUUGGAAUGAGAGAAAUCAUAUAAAAAAAUAAUUAUGAGGGAAAUGUUGUUUUUGGGUGUGGGUAUUUAUUUAUUUUAUUCUAUUUGAUCAUAUACAAUAGCAUCAGAUAAACGUUGUUUUUCACACCAUGAAUAGGAUAAAAAUAAUUAACGCUUAUCAUUUAAUUUCACAAUUAAUGAUAUCAUAAUAGUAGAAGUUAACAUUUAAAAUAGAAACAUCAAAUGGAUCAAAGCAAAUACAAAUCAAUCAUUUGUAAUUAUUCUAACACUAUUAUAUAAUAGAAUCUUUCAAUAGAAACAACUUAUGAUUUAUAUCCAUGCUUAUGGGUGUGUAUGAACGGA